AUGCAGCGAACGCUCGCUAUUCUGGCCCUGGCCGUUUCGGCACUGGCUUCGCCGUAUCCUCAGGCCGUCACCGAGACUAUUGCACCGGAAUCUCCACCGCCAUCAGGCUGCAUGACCAGCCAUGAGGGAACCUUCCAAAUCACAGUUGUCAAUGUCUCGACCUCGGCCACAAAGAGGGACUUGGGUAGACGUCAACUGGCCGGCCCUCUUACCUUGACCCUGACCGACUCGAACCUGUACGACCAGGCUGGUCGCACUGGGUACAUCGCUGCCAACUAUCAGUUCCAGUUUGACGAUCCUCCUCAAGCUGGUGCAAUUUAUACAUCGGGAUUCUCCCUGUGCGCGAACAAUAGUCUUGCCUUGGGUGGCUCUGCCAUCUUCUACCAAUGUCUCAGUGGCGACUUCUACAAUCUCUAUGACAGAGACUGGGCUGACCAUUGCGUUGCGGUUUACUUCAUGGCUUUGAUCAGCAGCGCCCCUGCGCCUACCGGCACUGUGGUUGCUUCAGUCACUCAAUUAUCAGAUGGACAGCCACAAGCUUCGACAGUCGUUGUUUCGCAAAUUUCUGAUGGCCAACCCCAGGCAACAACUGGAGUACCAGUCAGCCAGAUCAGCGACGGACAACCACAG